CAGAUGGUUCUGGGAAGCAGGCGGAUUCUAGGCGACUUUCUUCCCCAAAUAUCACCCAGGAAGCCAGCCACCAUCCCCAGCAUCCUUGGGACCAUGAAUUUAAACUUCUCUCCUGUCCACCAAGUGUCCACCCAGAGACCAACUUCUUUUUUUAUUGAAGACAUUUUGCUCCACAAGCCCAAACCCCUCAGAGAAUCCAGCUCAACCCAUUUCACAGGUUCUUUCACCUCCAGAGUUCCACUCCUGGAGUAUGGGUACCCCUUAAUGCCAACCCCCACCAUCCUGGCACCACAUCCACAUCACCCUCUGCACAAGCCAGAACACCACCACCCCUUCUUCCUGGCCACCUCCGGUCUCCCAGUACCAGCCCUGUUCCCCCAUCACUCUGAGCUCCCAGGAAAGCACUGCAGGAGGAGGAAGGCCAGAACUGUCUUCUCAGACUCCCAGCUCUCUGGACUGGAGAAACGUUUCGAGCUUCAGCGGUAUCUGUCCACCCCAGAGAGGGUCGAACUGGCCACAGCCCUCAGCCUCUCCGAGACCCAGGUGAAGACUUGGUUCCAAAACAGAAGGAUGAAACACAAAAAACAGCUGCGAAAGACCCAGGAUGACCCCAAAAACUCACCGGGUGAGGAGCACGUGGAACACAGUGACCCCGAAAUUGGAACCCCAAAUGGGACAGAGCUGGGCAAGGCCAGCAGCCAGGGGCUAUUUAUCAGGGAGGAGGCAGACGAUGACGUGGACAUCAUAGAGGAUGACUUGUGUCCUCACUUACUAUAA